AUGCCGCAGGAUCCCGUGCUGGACGGGACCAUCUUUGAGCGCCCAGCAUCUGUCGCAGUGGGCGCCAGGCGCGCCAGCGGGGCUGCCGGCGCGAAUGGCGGGUCCCCGCCGGUCCUCCACCGCCCGCAGGCCGUGCGCGCGGGCGACGUGCUCGGCGCGCGCUCGCUGCCCGGCAGGGCGGGCGCUAGCGCAACCGUGAGGGGCGCGCAGGGGCGCGGGAGCCCCGCUGCGGACGCGGACGGGUUCGCGGUGCCCGCCGCCCUCUCCCCGGUGGACGUUCUUGCCCGAAAGCGCAGGCUGGCGUCGAAUUCGCCCGCCACAGGGGCAGCAGGGGCGAGCAAUAGACAUGGAGCAGGGGGGGGCGCGCCCCCUGGGGGCAGCCGCGCCAGGUCCGGGGCUCUGGAGAGCAGGGAGUCCGUCCUGGCGAGCUUCCACAAGCUCGUGCGUGAAAGUCCGUCGCCACGGUGCCUGCGAGACGCCUCCGCGGUCACAGGCCGUCCCGCUGCCCCGCCAGCGCUCCCGCGCCGGCGCCCCAUCGGCGCCGUGGACGCCGCGCCAGGCGAUACUCCCACAACCCAGCGCCGGCCCACGGCGGCCCCGCGGACCGCCCCGUCUCCGGCCACCGUCCCCACGCCCGCACAGCCCGUCGACGCGUCACCCGCCGCGCGUGCGCCGUCCAGGACCCCCCGCCGCGCGUCCGACGCGUCGUGCGGGCGCCAGGCCGUGUACAUCAAGGCGUGGACGCUCGAGGUACACCCGCCGCGCACCGACGCGACGUCUCCGCGCCCGGACGUCGCCGUCCGCGGCACAGCCACAACCAUGUUUGGCGACAGUGACCUAGGGCCCUUCCGGUCGGCGCCGCUGCGGUGCCGGAUCUCGCGCACGUCCGUGCAGGACGUCCGCGGCCGCGUGUACUUUCUGCUCGGCGGGCCCGACGCGGCGGACCUCGUCGCGCGGUUCGGCGCCGCCACCGGGCGGCGCAUGGCGGCAGCGUGGGCAAACGGCUUCCCUGAGAACUGGGAGGAGGUUGCGGAGGGCGCGGCGGGGGCGCUGGGGACGCGGAGUGGUGCGGGGGCGCCGGCGACGCCGGCCCAGAGCAGCGAGCCGUCGAGCGAGGAGGGGGGGGGAGUCCGAGGAGGUCCCUCAGUCGCGACGUGGAGGCGGUCGGCGGUGACGUGGCCGUGGACGACGGGGCGCCGCAGGAGGAGGGCGGGUUCGGCGACGGCGACGACGACGAGGAGUUCGGCGCGGCGGCGUCCCCGGACCGGGGGAGUGAAGCGGAACCCCCCCUGGACGAAGAACAGGGCACGCCACCUGCGUCAGGCGCGGAGGGGGACUCUGGGCGCGAGUCCUCGCCGCCGGCCGCGAAGAAGCGGCAACCGGUGGCGCGGAAGCCUGCGCCGGCGGCCAGGGGGCGUCCGGCGGGUAGAAACAGGGAGCUGGGGGGCCUAG